CCUCUCUGUUAGCCAUUGAGACAGUGGUUAGUGGCAUACAGGACACACAGAGAGAGAGAGAGUUUGUGAUGCACAGAGGAAUACCAACAAGAGAGGGAUAUAGUCUAGACAAUAGAGCUGUUUUUCCAGGAUGAAGCCCAGACGCCUGCUUUCCUCCAUGGAGCUGUUGCCUACCAUCAGUGAGCUGCAGGAAGGAGUUCUGGAGGAUGGGGAAGACGAGUACCUCACUAUGGAGGAGUAUGUGGACUCCAUCAAGAAACUCUCCCAGACUGCCCCGUACCCCCUCCACGGCCCACUCCGGGAGCACCGACAAUGGAUGACCUGCUUGGCCACCCAUCCCGUCGGAAGAUGCCCCACUGUAGCCCCAUUGGCGCCCUAUAACAAAUCCAUGGCAUAUGCUCCUCGGAUCCCCAGUGGUCUAUCGGAUGUGUCACUCAUGGUCGCCCAUCCUUUGGACUGUGUAACCCGGGUAUGUUCCGGCCGAGACCCCCUGAAUUGGUUGUUUGCGCAGGCCCAGUUUUCCGGGUUGACGUGACUAAGAAAGUCCCAGGUUUGUGUUUUUGACGGUGCUGUGGAGAAGGCCUCAGGGCUUUGCUGAACUCUUUGGUGAACAGGAAGCAUAGUCUGGAUUACAUUACUGGAUUAACCCAGCGUGGGAUUAGAGGUUGACGUAGUCAAGGAUGAUUUGUGAACAUUGUCUUAACUCUCCCAUGUAUUCUACUGUAUGAACUGAGUCCCUCCAGGUAUGACCAGAGUUGAAGGGUGUCCUAAUAUGGACACCGUAGGAGAGGGGGCAGAGGGAUUCAUCCCAAUGAAUUUACACCUUAGCUGCUUUAUCUCUCUGGAUAUCCUCGUAAUGAUAGUAUUUUGUAAGGAACUAUUUUGUAAAUAGAAGCUGUAAAUACUGCACAUGAUUGUCUGUAAAUCUCUUUGUGUGACCAACACAAUUAAAACAACAAUGUUAUUCAAAAA